AUGAAUCGAUCAAUCCUCAGCCAAAGCCAUGUCCAAGGCAUGAUAAGGUCGCGAAAGAUUCUGUUUCUGGUCGUUCUGAUAGCCAUCACCGCUUUCACUACCCUUCUCCUCCGACGACCUCAGGCUUUCGAGGAGUCCGCAGCUUCGCUCUUUUACGGUCACCAUGCGCACGAAGAGAACCAACCGCUCCUCCCGGCCAGCUCCCUCUUACACCCAAUCCACCAGCUAGUCUCGGAGGCGGAAGGGGAUUUCCAGACCGUACGCGCCCGCCAGUCACGAUCCCUCAGCGAUGCCGUAGCCGAGUACCGCAGGCGGUACAAGCUGCCUCCGCCGCCGCACUUCGACAAAUGGUAUGCUUUUGCGAAGAAGCGAGGGGUCGAGCUGAUCGACGAAUAUGACACCAUAUACCAUCAGCUACUCCCGUUCUGGGCGCUGGAGCCGGCGCUGAUUCGCGAGAGGACAAGAGAAGCCGUUGGAUUUGACAAUGCGUUGAUCGCCGUGACCAUUCGAGAUGGCAAGGUCGUCACCGUCCAAGGAGGAGGCGACAUGUAUCAGUGGCACAGGGACGCAACGCCGGUCAUGUUGCAGGAGUUUGUCCAGUACCUGCCAGAUAUGGAUCUGGCGUUCAACAUCCACGACGAACCUCGAGUCGUCUUGCAGCAUGAUGACCUCUUACACCACGUGCAGGUUGCAACGGACGAGAACAUGCCCAAGGCUUAUGGCAGUCAAUCACUGAACAACAAGUGGUCUCCGAGACCUGCUGAUCUGGGCGAAGGGAUACGGAUCAAAGAGUACAAGACGACCCGAUUCAACAAGUACGCACACCAGCCGACGUGGAGCGAGUCAAGAUUGUCCUGUCCACUCGACAGUCCGGCACGGGCCUGUCUGGACGACGCCUGUCCCGACAACACCACAACAUACUCGGGCCUUCCGCUGGGUAUUGUGCGCAACACGACCGCGUUCUCCGACAUCUGCAACUCCCCAAGCAUGGAGAGAUCCUUUGGCUUCUUCGACCGCCCCAAUGCAUUUGACGUGACACACCAGCUAUUUCCGAUUUUCUCACAGUCGAAAAUCUCCAGUUUCCAGGACAUAUUGUACCCAUCGCCAUGGUAUUUCAUGGGUCGAGUGAAAUACGAAAAGGAGCGGGAUAUGCCGUGGGAAGAAAAGGCUCCCACCAUGUACUGGCGCGGCAGCACGACAGGCGGCUUCUCCCGGGAUGGCGGGUGGAGACGCCAACAUCGGCAACGCUUCCUGACCAAGAUCCAGCCAACGCACACAGCCAAAGUCCUGAUACUCGACAACUCCAGCAGCACGGACACCAUGUGGACGGAGAGGCAGUUCUCAAUGCAGGAGGUCUCGCACUACUUCGACGUCAAAUUCACGCACAUCGGCCAAUGCGACCCGGGCGACUGUGACGCGCAGCGCGAGUACUUUGGCACCGUCGAGCCCGUCAACAUGUUCGACGCCUUUGGGUCGAGGUACUUGCUGGACAUCGACGGCAAUGCCUUUUCCGGCCGAUACUAUGCCUGGCUGCUGAGCAACAGCCUCGUCUACAAGUUGGCCGUGUUCCGCGAGUGGCAUGACGAGUGGCUACGGCCGUGGGUGCAUUAUGUCCCGCUCAGCUUGAUCGGCGACGAGUAUGUCGAGGCCGUUCGAUACUUUGACCAGGAACAAAGCGGCAAGGUCGAGGGCAAGAGGAUCGCCACUCGCGGUCGUGAGUGGGCGCAGAAAGUGCUUCGGAAUGAGGACCUGGAAGUCUGGUAUUUCAGGUUGUUGCUUGAGUAA